GAGAGAGAGAGAGGGAGGGGAAGAGAGGCUGUUGAGAGCAUGCAGUCAAACAGCGGUGUUGCUGAGCGCUGCUUUCAAACUUCAGCCUUCCUUCCAGCGUGGCUCACAUGUGGACCGAUCCACUUCGCUACCAGACAACAUGACCACGGAAAGAAUCCUUUGGUGAGAACACUGUGAAUCGUUGUGGUAUCUGGGGCACCCCUGCCCUACAAAUGAAACUAAGACCGCUCUGCUGCCGCUUCGAGCAUCUGGGAGCCGUCUAGAUUCUCUGCAGUGACUCACACAUGAACGCAAGCAUGCAUUGCGAUUGGCUGUGUCCCAACGUCACGUGCAACGAGAGCCUCACGGUCAAGGGCGACGGCAAACCGGCGAUAAGCAGUCUCAUGUUCUUGGCCGGCGUGGUGGGGAAUCUCCUGGCGCUCUUCAUCCUGGGCGUGCACCGCAAAGAGCACCGCUCCACCUCGUCCGUCUUCUCCAUCCUGGUGACGGGCCUCGCCCUCACAGACUUGCUGGGCACAUGUCUCCUCAGCCCGCCCGUGUUCAUCUGUUAUGCCCGCAACACGUCCCUCAUCGGCCUGGGCAACGAGAGACUGUGCCAGCUCUUUGGCUUCGCCAUGAGCUUCUUCGGCCUGGCGCCCACCCUCAUCCUCUGCGCCAUGGCCGUGGAGCGCUGCCUGGCCAUCAGCCACCCGUACUUUUACUCCAUGCACAUUCGUGGAAGCUUCGCUAAGGUGACGCUCAUUGCCAUUUACCUCUUUUCCCUGGCUUUCUGCCUACUGCCGUUGGGUGGCAUCGGCAAGUUCAGGCAGUACUGCCCGGGGACGUGGUGCUUCAUCGACAUGGACGCCACGGUGGAUGCCAACACCGAGCGGGUUCUGGCGUUCUCGCUGACGUACUCCUCGCUCAUGGCACUAACCAUCCUGGCCGUGUUCGCCUGCAACGGCUCGGUGAUCGCCAGCCUCUGCCAGAUGCACCGCAGCCAGAUGAUGCGACGAGGCUCAGCCGGCUCCGUGGGCAGGAGGAGGAAGCUGAGCAUGGCCUUGUUCGGAUGCGGCGAGGAGGAGCUGGAACACCUGGUGCUACUGGCGCUCAUCACUGUCAUCUUCGCCGUCUGCUCGCUGCCACUCACAAUCGCCAGCUACAUCAAUGCCAUUCGCCCGUUUUGCGGCGACAACGAGAACCUGACUGCCUUCCGCUUCUACGCCUUGAACCCCAUCGUGGACCCGUGGGUGUUCAUCAUCUGCCGCAAGCCGGUCUUCCGACACCUGCGCUCGCUGCUGAGCUGCCGCUUUGGUCGGGGCGCCGCUGUCAAGACCCCGACUCACUGCGCCGCCGUGCCCUUGCCCCUGGAGGGACACGUGAUCCCAUGUAAAUCUCCAGAUGUGACGCAGAGCGGCUUCUACUUGGGUUUACCCACGUCACCCAGUACAUGAUAGACUCGUGUGUGUACGAUGAAACACCGAUCGAGAAACUCUGUUCGACCUCUCCAAAGCUGCACUGUUCUAGACAAGACACACUGACUCUUUAUUAGAGCUUACGUGCCCUCUAUCGAUUGACUGUCGCAAGGUGAGUUGUCCCUUGGAAGUUAGCAUGAAGGAGCACAUUGAUGUCACAUAGUCGUGGAGGGAUUAACAUACUGUACAAUCACCCAUUGGCCACAACAUUUGGUACUUCUGCACAGGGUAGUGACAGCUAAUGCAAAACGACUUUUGAUGGACACUUUUCAGUAUGACACAAUGCAGUUCCACAAACACAAUAGCUGCAAGCAGCAAUAACACACAUGCUUGGCAUUUCAGCAUCGCCCUUCUGGCAAGGAUACCUGCUUCCAAUUGGGGCUCGUUUGGACGAAUUUCCAAGUAGCAGUUUGUCAAAGUGAAAUCCGCCUAAAAUAAAAAUGGCUGACUUGCCGUUCAACUGGUUUGAACUGGUCAUCAAACGUUCUGUUCUCACCUCAGAUGGCGAGAAAAGAUUGGCAACUUAGCGUCAUCCGUCUGUCUAUGAUGACUACUUCCGAUUGGGGCUCAUUUUGACAAAUUCUCUAGGAGUUUGUCAAAGUGGAAUUCGCCCCAAAAUGGGUGACUUGGCAUUUAACUUCAGGCAUGGCUCCUUGAAGCUUUUUUGUGCGUCCUCGACUGAUAGAAUUGUGCACCCAAUUUUGUCUUGAGUGGUGAAAAAUAAUUUUCCAGCUUUAUGCGAAUCCUUGAAAUGACACCAUGCACCGCUCACAUGUUGUAGGCAAACAAACUUGGUUGCUCAUAUAUCUAGGAUGACUAAUUUGGCAAAUUUCCUAAGAGAUAUUUGUUAAGGUACGAGCCUUGGAAUUUGCCCGGAAUGUCUGCUUCAAACCAAAAUGGACUGCUUCCUGUUUAAUUCCAAAGAUGGGUGCUUUGUGUGUUCUGUAAUGACAGACAUGUCCAGCCAAUUUCAUGUUGAUUGGUGAAACUGGUGUCGGGGACUGAUUUUUUUUUUUCUCUAAAUUUCCAGGGAGUGUUCCUGAGUGAGUUUUGGGAGGGUGUGUUUGGGACCCCUCAAAUAGACAUACAAAUACAUUUUCACCAGGACACGUGCGCUUAGCAAAAUUGGUUUUCGGCCAGGCAUGCUUAAGUCAUGUCAAUUGCAUUUUUCAUAGUGCCAGCUCACAAUAUCUCAAGGCACUGUACACGUUGAGCAGGUCAAGAAACAAAUUCCUUAUACAUUAUAACAGAUCCCCACAUGAACAAGCACUGGGCGAUGGCAAGGAAAAAUUCCCUCCAAGGAAGACACCUCAAACAGAAUCCGGGCUCUGUGGGGCGACCGUCUUCCUCGGCUGUUUGGUUUGAGAUGGAGAGACCGAGUAGAGGAGCAGAGGAAAGCUAGAAAGAGAAAACAGGAUAGCGGGGUUGAGCAGCCGGAGGAGGGACGAGAGCACAAUGGGCACAACAACAGCCGUAUGAACAACGACGCUCCCAUUAUCACUGCUCAUAAGAAGCAGAUAAAUGUGACGCAUUGUUGUACUUAAUAAAGUGUCCAAUGGGUGCAAGGGGCUAAAAUAAUAUGCAUGAAUGCUUACAGUGUUCUUUCACAAUGAUUCUGUCUCAACAUGACUAAAGAUGUAUCACUGACAGUUUCUUUUGCAACUCACAUCCCUUCCAAUUAGAUGGCAGAUUGGCUUAUGAAAUGACAGCACAGGGUAAAUUAAUAUUGUGCAUAUAUAUAUCAGUUAGUGGCGGCACGGCAUAUAAGAAACUAUGUGGAUAGUGAAAAGUCUAUGCAUACUCCAAAUUCUGUAUUCUGUAUGAUGUGAAAGUUUUAUUGGUGAAACGAGUACAUCGUCGGGAUUUAAAGUCUGCAAUUAUCUCUUUGUCUCCUUCACUGCAUGGAUAUUACGGUCUAAAGAGCUUCUGUUGUGUUUCCUCUAUAACAUCUGCUGCUGUACAAUGCAACUUGUAACUUGUUGUAACAAAUGUGUAUUUGUGCCUCUUUGCUGUUGUCACUGUGCUGUGUAUUUUGCACAAUCACUUUUGAGGUUCAUCCACGCAUGACGCCCAAGCCAAGUACUUGUUACGACCUGUUUUGUGACUCCACUAGAAUCGAUGUAAGAUUUGAUUUGUAAAUGUACAUUCAAUAGCACACUUUGUUUUUUUAAUGUGAAAUUAAAUGUUACCAAAGAAAAACAAGUAUUGCGAUGCAUGUAUUUAGUGUGAUGUGUCAAUUUUGCUGAUUUUGUGAAAUGACUCUUUUGUAAAUGUGGAUUUAGAAUCUGAUGGUACUGCAGCACAUUUUGAAGAACAAUGACAUGAAUAACUGUUUUAUGAAUUGUUAAGCCAAAUAACCUGUAGUUAAAAUCUAUUUUUAAGUGUAUGGAUGUGUAUGUUCCAGGUGGAAAAGACACAAAAAAAGUGCCAAAC